GUUUUAUUUUUAUGUGUUUAUUUAUUAUAUUCUGUUUCAUUUAACAAUGGUUGUAUCUGAUCUGUUCAAUAUAUUGUAUUUGAGAUUUCAAAAUUCAUAUUCAAAGAAUUUCCUGUUUUUAACUGAACUUUAUUAGUAUUUUAUGCAGCAUUAGAAGAGUUUUCUAUAAUCUAGGCAUUAAAAGGUAACCCACUUUUGAAUUCAACCCAAGAAAAAUGGAUGAAGAAAAUGAAGAACCGAUUGAUUCAAUUCCUGUGGAGAAUGAAAUAAAUCCAUUGACUGAAAUUGAUAUGGAUAUAGAUAUGCCAUCGACAUCAGAGGAUUAUUCUCUAACAACUCUUCAAUCCGUGAUUCCUGUUAGUGUGACGGAAGAAGAUUCAGGCUCUGAUGAUGAACAGACUGUUGUAAAAAGAACUAAAGAAGAAGUGCAAGACCUAACCAACAAAUAUUUAACUGGUGAACUUACAUUUAGUGAAUAUGCUGCACAAUAUGGAGAAAAUGUUUAUGAAGAAGCAUAUGAGGAAGAUGAACCUGAAAAGAAACAAGAACAAGAGACUUCUGCUGAAGCCAAUGAUUUUGAACAAAAUCUUGCUGAAAUCAAAGAAAGCAGCUCUACUAAGAAAAGGCCUAAGAUUAGAUCAAGACAAAGAAAUAAUUUACCUCCAGUUCUGAAGGGUUUAAUGGGCGAAGCAAACUUACGAUAUGUUCAUGGUGAACAUGAAUUGGCUAUUAAGCUCUGUUUUGAAAUCAUCAGACAAUUUCCUUGGGCUUCUCAACCGUUUGAAACUCUGGCUAGCUUAUAUGAUGAGAAAGGUGACACUGAGAAGUCACUUCAAAUUUCUCUGUUGGCAGCUCACUUGAAUCCUAGAGCAUCGAAACAUCUUUGGAUAAAUUUAGCAGAGAGGUCAGAAGAUCGAGGAGAUCUGAAGCAAGCCAUUACCUGUUAUGGUAAAGCAAUUAGAGCAGACAGUAAAGAUUUUGAGCUCCAUAUGAAACAAGCAAUUUUGUAUGAGAGAACUGAUGAUAAAAAAUCUGCCUUGAAGCGUUACUCAAAAUUAUUGCAAUGUGUUGGACCUCAACAUGGUGAAAAAUUAGUUGAAAUUGCAAAAAUGCUUGCACAUAGAUAUCAUGAAGGAAAUGAUUUGCCCAAGGCUAAGGAAGCUCUAAAGACACUGUUUGAGAAAUGCCCAAAUCUCGUUACAAUCGAGUUGGUUAACUUUAUGUUAGAGAUACUGAUAAGUCUGAAAGACUUUGAAACAAGUAUUGAAACAUUGGUAAAGUUUUGUAAUUUACAAGCUACUUUCGACAAAACUGAAGAUAGUAAGUUCAGACUUUUAACAUGCUCUGAGCCAGAAAACAUGGUUGUUGAUAUAUUUGCCAAACUUGUAAUAAUAGUGAUUCAUUCUCAAGCAUUCCAUUUAUUUGAUCACUUUUUAACUAAAGUUAAAACCAUGAAUCCUGAAGAGGCUGGGGAUUUUUAUUUUGAUGUUGCUGAAGCACUGAUUGCAGAGAAAAGGUUUAAGGAUGCAAUGGAGCUAUUGACCCCUCUGACGCAGAGCACCAACUUUAAUUUGCCGGCGAUUUGGCUGAGAAUGGCAGAGUGCUUGAAAGCGUUAGAUAGGAUUGAAGAUUCUAUAAAAGCAUACUUGAUUGUGGUGGAUAAAGCACCUCAGUUACUAGGAGCACGGCUAGCAGUAAGUGAGCUAUUGAUCAGUUUGGGUAGAAGAGACAAAGCAUUGGAGGUUCUAACUCAGGAUGAAGACAGCGAAGUAUUAAAUACAGCUCUACUAUAUGAACGGUGCCUACUUUUACAAAAAAUGCCUGACAAAAAAGAACAGUUCCUUGUAGUAGCAAAUUUAUUUCUUUCUCGCCAUUUUGUUCAUAUAGCUGCUAAAGAGGAUAUAACUGCUUUAACCACAUCAAAAGCUGAGAGGAAGAAAAGCAUGAUUAAAGAAAAUAAAAACUUCCAAAAAUCUUUCAGCCAAGGCGAAGAAUUGAAAGGAGAGUUUAGUCAGACUUUUAAUGAACCAGCAUCAGAAGAUGAAUGGCAAUUGUUUUGGUCCGUUUGUGAAGUUUGUUUGGAAAUCGGAAAUUACAGCACUCUGCAGCGUUUAGCUUUUUCAGCCCAAGGAUCACCCAAGUUCUCAAAAUAUUCUAACCAAAUUGAUCUCUUGUGUCUGAGUGCAUGUUAUUACAACAGUGAUGCUUAUUUUGGUUACAAUAUGGUCAGGGCUCAGGUAAUGAAAAAUAUGGAUUGCAAACGAUCGUGGAAUCUGUUUAAUAUGAUGAUUUUGCGGGCAGAUGACAGUCGACACAACCGGUUCCUUAUGAGGUUAUUGAUCCGAAAUCCUCACCACAGAGCACUGACCACCCUACAUGCCAACAAUUGCCUGGUUGCGGGAACUUAUAAGUAUGCUUUAAGUGAUUAUACUGCUGUCUAUCAGAAAGAGAAUUCUGCAAUGAUGGCUUUCCUAAUUGGUGUUACACUCUGUCAGAUGGCCUGCCAGAAGUUCUCUGCAAAGAAGCAUUCCCUGGUGACCCAAUCGGUGGCGUAUUUCUGGAAAUACAAGGAGUUGAGAGGUCGAGAAGGUCUGCAGGAGUCACACUUCAACAUUGCACGAGCUUUUCAUCAGUUGGGUCUCCUGCCCUCAGCCAUCCAUCAUUAUAAAAAGGCACUGGAAGCAAAGAGCAAGUUUAUUGAUGAUAAUGCAGAACAUCUCAAUUUACAAAGAGAGGCUGCUUUCAAUCUUCAUCUCAUUUAUUUGUCCUCGGGUACAAGAGAUGUUGCCCGCAUGUACCUAGAAAAAUACAUUGUAAUAUAGUUUUAAUAAACAAUUUAAAUUCCUUAGGUUUUAACAAAUUUAUUUUGUUUAGGGUGUGUGGGUCCUAUUAAUUUUGUAAUAACCAUAUCGAUAAUUAUUAAUAGUGAUAAUACGGUAUUUUACUUGAAUUUAAUUGAAAAUAUUUAUUUAGACAAUAUACAAGAUUGUACACAUUGUAUACAUCGAAUAGCGGGAAAGCAAUUAACAAUGAUAAAGUAAUUACAUAGUUUAUUAUCUACAAAAUUUAUUAUUAUGUAUGUAUGUGCCAUUUAGCAAUAUUCAACAAUUUAUUACAAUUUUAUGUCACAAAAAAUUAUUCCUCAAUAUUGUAUAAUGCCUUACCUAAUAGAUAUAGUUUUAAAGUUUUAUUAAAUUUAGUGAUAUUUUGCUCUUAAAAAAAAAAAAAAAAAUAAUACUUCAUGUUUACUACAAACUAUUGUGAGAUUAUUUACUAUAAUCUAAGCUUACAGUCAAUUUUUGCACCCAAUCUCAUAUUUUAUUUACAAAAUAUUUAAAUUUACAAAUUGUGAUAGUUUGAAAAAGUUUGUUUGUUUGAUAAAAGUUCAGUUAUUCUGUUGGAAGUUGUGAAAAAGGAUUUUCAGCAUCAAAUAAAUAGCCAUGCAUAUAUUUAAGUUAUUACGUUUUUGUUAUAAAUAGAUUGUCAGUAUGCUCUCAAAAUUGGUUUCUGUUAUUUCUGUUAGUUUAAAAUAGUCUGUGUUGAAAUGUAUUCAAUUUUUUUUAGUUGGUCUGUUUUGUAAAAACAUGAACAAUUUGUCUUCUUGAUAGUAUUAAACCUAGGCAACUAAAUGAACUUUGUUUAAGGCCAUAAUGAUGUAUGUUUUGUACUGCACAAAGGAUGGCUUUUAAAUACAGUCAUAUAGCCUAUGGCUUAUCACUAACAUUGUAACUAUGUUGUAUUAGAAAAAAAAACUUAUUUGGUCUUUGUUCAUAUUUUAUUGUAAUUAUGAAAACAAUAUAAUAUUGUACUUAA